GUGCGCUUGCUGACGUGGCAGCCUCCUGGGCUGUGAGGUUGGUUGGUUCGACUGAGCCCCUGCGCCCCUGCUUCUUCGCGGCGCGAGCGCACGCGCGCGCGCGCGUUGUCACUUCCCUUACGUGGUAGUGUUGUCUCCUGAUUGGCCCGGACACACCCGCGUCGUCUUGGCGGGGAGGGGGAGCGGCGCUGUGUAUUUAUUCGUUUGUACGGAAUUUGGCGGGUGAUUAUUGCUGAUCGGUGUGCGCGCUGACGUGGCAGUCGACGUGUCGACGUGGCAGUCGACGUGGCAAUCUGAUUAAAAAAACGUGAAGACAUGACGACGGCAGUGAAAGUGUACCGCCUUCUCAGAAAUGGCGGGAAACACGUCAGCAGUGGCGCGAGAGAGGUCAGCCGGUCGCGACUGCUGCGCCACUUUUUGGCGGGAAAGAGUGCAAAUGACUCUCCCGCGCAAUUGGCGUCGAGUCAGUACCGUACGAUGAGCAUCUGUGGGGGGGAUCACGCGGUGGAGGCGCAAAUUGAUGGGUGUCGGGAUCGGGAUCGUGUCCGAGAAGGGAGUACGAUCGGGAUCGGCCACGUGGCGAGCCGUGGCGUGAUUCUUCGAGAGAAUCCAGACCGGUCAUUCUCUUCGCCGUUCGGCGCGCUUGGGCUGACAGGAUGGAGAAGGGGUAUGUUUAUCCAGACACAGGAAACACCGAAUCCAUCCAGCCUUAUGUUUCUGCCAGGGAGGGCGGUCCUCGAGGAAGGGAGUGCCGAUUUCGCGAAUGCAAGAGCGGCAAUGGCCUCUCCGCUCGCAAAGGCCUUAUUCAUGAUUGAUGGCGUGACCAGGGUGUUCUUUGGGUCGGAUUUUGUGACGGUGACGAAAACCGAGGAAGCCGAUUGGGCUGUCCUGAAGCCGACUGUGUUUGCCGCCAUCAUGGAUUUCUAUGCUUCCGGAGAGCCGCUGACAUAUGAUGCGGAGACCAUUGCCGCUUCCGAUACUGCCAUUCAUGAGGAUGAUGAUGAGGUGGUGGCCAUGAUCAAGGAGUUGCUGGAGACUCGGAUACGACCUUCAGUGAAAGAGGAUGGCGGGGACAUCGUGUAUCGCGGAUUUGACAGAGAGACUGGCAUUGUCAAAUUGAAGCUCCAGGGAGCAUGCAGUGGGUGCCCUAGUUCAUCCGUCACAUUGAAGAGUGGAAUCGAGAACAUGCUUAUGCAUUUCGUUCCUGAGGUGCAAGGGGUUGAGCAGGUCAUGGACGAUGAGCCGUAUGAGAUGAUAGGCAAUCAAGAGUUCAAUAAAUUGGAGGAAAAGUUGGGGUCGAGAUGACGUAACCGUGGUGACUGAAUGCGAACGGUAAUUUUACAAGAGGUAAUUAAUAAUUAUUCAUGCUUUGGAUUGGUUGUAGUUGUCAUUGCUGCUCAGGGAGUAGAGAAACUUAGUAGGCCAUGCACACACUAAGGCUUUUUUUAUACUGGUCUCUGGACAUAGUUGCGGUCAGAUGCAUGCAUCCAAAGUAGUGUGUAGUUGCGGUCAGAUGCAUGCAUCCAAACUUCGAAUGUAGUGCGUAAUUGCGGUCAGAUGCAUGCAUCCAAACUUCCGAAGUAGUGCGUAAUUGNGUUGCGGUCAGAUGCAUGCAUCCAAACUUCGAAUGUAGUGCGUAAUUGCGGUCAGAUGCAUGCAUCCAAACUUCCGAAGUAGUGCGUAAUUGCGGUCAGAUGGAGGCAUCCAGGGUAGGGCGUAAUUGCGGUCACAUACUGAGGGCAUACUCACACUAGUACCUUCUUAAGUUUUUACUUAUUUAUGGACGUGAUUGCGGUACGAUCCAUCCAGGUCUGGCCGUAAUUGCAGUCAGAUGCAUUUUGACAAGUGCAGUGUGAGUAUGCCCUGAAAGGACCAAAUACGUGUGUGCUAUUUCCGAAGGGGGGUCGUGGAGGAUCAAAUGCCUCUCUAGAGCUUGGUUUAAGUGGCGUGGCUUGUAGCCACCCGUCUAUCCUGAGUAGCUGGAAGUUGUUUCAACGCGGGGCCCGCUUUUAAUCUUCUAACGCGCGUUGAAAACGCGGAGAAACUGCAUUGAAACCCCCGUUUAUCACGGCUUACCGCG